AUGUCCAGCUCAGCAGCUGCCAAGCGCAUCGUCGUCUUUCUCUCCACUGGCAAGCAAGGCACUGGAGUAGUCAAAGCUCUCAGCGCGCUCAACUCGGCCAGCACAGAUCCAACAUUCAAAGUGCUGGCGGUGACGCGCAGCGCUUCAUCCAGCAAAGCCAAAGCCUUUGCAAAGCUCCCUGGCGUCGAGAUUCUGGAGAGCGAAUAUGAUGCUGCCAAGGUAUUCGAAAAGGCGCUCAAAGGUGGACCCGUGUAUGGUGUCUUUUCGUGAGUGCAUGCGCGUCCAAGCGGGCACGUGAGAGCACGUGUUGACGGAAAGCCUUCUUUUUCUUUUCGGCAUCGGCAUUGCCAUCAUACAGCGUACAGCAGAGCUUUGACAAUCCCAACGGAGGGGUAAAGGGAGAGACGGAACAGGGCAUCCAAGUAGCAGACGAGGCAGCCAAGGCUGGCGUGCAGCACCUGAUCUACAGCUCGGUCGACUUUGGUGGAUUGGCAAAGACCGACAUUCCCCACUUUGAGUCCAAGAGGCUGGUGGAGCAGCACAUCGAGGAGCUGCAAAAGGCGAGGCCGAACUUGAAGACGACGAUUUUGAGACCGACGUUCUUUAUGGACAAUAUCUCUCAAAAUGGAGGAUUUUUGGGCAAAGCUGUUCUCACUGCUAGCAUCAACACUGUCAAGAAACCUCUUCAGAUGGUGAGUAUGAACUCGCAGGCAGCUCUUUGACAUUACCCAAAGCCAACGUUUGGCUUGUGCGCUGACUUGACUGAACGUCGACGCUCAACGCCACCUCUUUUUUUCAGAUCGCAUGUUCCGACAUUGGCUUCUUUGCAGCUCUGGCGUUCCAGCAGCCGGAAAAGUACGCUGGCAAGUCCCUCUCGCUGGCCGGCGACGAGCUCGACAUGACGCAGCUGCGCAAGCAAUUCGCCGAGGUUCAAGAGUAUCAGAUUCCUCAGACGUUCAGCCUCAUCGGCUGGCUCUUGGCCAAUGGUCUCAAAGAGGUGAGCUAAAAGCCCAGGUGUGCCUUUGGCCCCCUUUAGCUACUGUCUUGUUGACAGUACCAAAGAGAAGACUGACAAUGCCAGAUUGCUUGCUACCUGCUCGUGCUCAGCUCAAAACCAUGUUCGCUUUCUUCAACAACACCGGCUACUCUGUCAAUAUUGCGGAACUGCGCGCCCUCCAUCCCAACCUCAAGACGUGGCGAGAGUACGUCAAGACCGAGUACUGA